GUAUGAGAAAGUGGAUGUUAUUCAUACAUACGUUUAUAUAUAGUGCGUAUCUUUCAUUGAGCGCAACAACGCAGCGUAGCGUUUGUCUUAUCUGUCAAAAGUGACAAGUACAAAACAGGAUCAGAAUCGUGACUGAUACAAUUGGACGUGUCUUCCACGUAAGAUUCGUGCAACGCGAUGGCUCACUGGUUUCAUCGCAAUGUGCUAAAAGCGACAACGAAUCAAAAAUUCGAGUUGAAAGUCUCGAAUCCUACAGACGCCACCAAAAAGCUUUGCAAUGACUUGAAAUUAUCAAGAGCCAGACUUUUAGAUCUCGUCAGAAAUGCAAACAAUACCAGCGAUACAAUAGAACCUGCUUUUCUUAGUUAUCUGAGUUUGUUAUAUGGUUUCUUAUGGGAAAUUAAACCAUCCGAGGAAGAAGCACAACAUGUUGGCAGACCUAAUCCCAGCAAACUCAGAAAUAUUCUUGUAUUUAAGUGGACACAAACAUUACUUGGUGGAAGCACAUUCUCCAGUGCUGAUUCAGUUUAUGAAGCAGCUAACAUGAGUGUUAAUAUAGGUCUUUGGUUCAUGAAGCAUGCAGCUAUGAUUGCGGCAAAAGAUGACAUUACAAUGAAUGAGGCUAAAGAGGUACACAGCUUAUUAAGACGAGCUGCUGGAAUAUUUACCUUUGUACAGACUGAGUUUUUACCACAAUUGGCGAAUCCACCACCAUUGGGAAGUGAUUUAGAUCCCCGUGUGCUAAACGCAUAUGUUAAUCAAUGUACAGCAGAAGCACAAGAAGUGACAGUGGCUAGAGCAAUAGAACUCAAACAUAAUUCUAGUUUGAUAACAGCUUUGGCUAAUGAGACUAGUAAACUGUUUCUUGAUGCUGCUAAUACUCUUCGUCCAUUUAAGCCAGAAAUAUCUGCCCAAUGGAUAAAGUACUUGGAACUAAAAGCAGCAUUUUAUCAGUCUUAUGCUUAUAAUUAUUGUGGUGAAAAUUUAUUAGCAAUGGAUAAAUGCGGCGAAGCGAUACGAGCGAUGCAAGAAAGCGAAUCAUGUUUAAAGAAAGCGAAAGCGCUAUGUCAAGAAUACGGGAAAACGCAUGGACCUGCGCCUCGUGUUAAACCGGAUCAACAUGCUGUAUUUAAGCGCCUAGCACCCAUAGUGAAACUCACUCUUGAUAAAUGUAACCGGGAGAAUGGUUUGAUAUAUCAUCAUACAGUACCAGGAGAAGUUCCAACUUUGGAUACAAAAGCUACUUAUGGCUUAGUCAGUCCAAUCGACUUUCAGAUGCCGGCACCAAACUCCAUUUGGAAUUUGGAUACAUACAAAGUAUUAGCUGGAAUAGCAGCAGCGAAAGUAGAAAAGGAGCAAACUUUGCCACCAGUUAAGGAAGAGGCAAUUCAUCAAAGUACUAAAGAGCCGAAGAAUGAAAGUGGUUGCAUUCUACAAUAAGAAUUUUCCUGCAAUGAUAUAAUUUGUAAAUGCUUUUUUUUUUUGUCACAGUGAUAUUAAUUUUAAUUGCGAUAGAUGUGUGGAUGCAGUAUAUAAGUUAUAUAUCUGUCAUGCACAAGUACAAAUUAUGUUGUGAAACAAAACAUUAAUUAUUAGAUAAAAUUAAAAGUAUUAGAUAUUUAUUAUGCAAACAUAAGUAUAUAUCUUGCAAACUUAAUUUAUAGUUUAUAUCUUUUAUAGUAUAUAUUUUUUGUAAUCAAUAAGUAUAUAAACUAUUACAAAAAUUGUAUUAGUAUAUAUAUCUAUUUCAUUCUGCAUAUGUUUAAAAUUUUCAAAUGAGUAAUUUUUAUAUUUAUACCAGCAUAUGUGAUGCAAUCUAUAUGUUAUUUGUUUUUUUUUUGCAAUAUAAUCAAGUAUGUAAUUGUAUGUACAAGUGACUUCUAUAAUCAAGUAUGUAAUUGUAUGUACAAGUGACUUCUUGCUAAAAGCAAAAAGAUUGUCAAUAUUAUUUUAAUCGCUAUGUGAACUAGUCAAUGCUUUAGUGAAACUAUAUUUAUAAAAAGUACAAUAAUGAGAAAGAGUUUGCAAUUAAUAAUAUGCAUAUAAUGCAUAUUAUCAGUGCAUAUACAUUAAUAGAAAUAUGCGAUCAUGGGUCUUUCUCCAUAUUUUUUAUAAGCUGUAGGUUUAAAAAUAUAACAGAAUGUUCAAUUCUUAUUAUAAAGAUAUAAAU